CCCGCCCGCCAUGGCGAGUGAGGGCAGGGCUCGCUGCAGAGCAGCCUUUUCCACCAGGCUUCCGAAGCCCCGUCUCUCCCGUCACCCGGGCGCAGCUGGCGGGGGAGCGCGGCCCCGGGCGGGAGCGCUCGGUGCUGCGCUGCUGAACCAGAGCUCAGUUUAAGGCAGAUCCCAUGCCAGGAGUAGAGAUGGCGACACAGGCGACAUGCGGAGCUGCACAGGGUGGCUCGGCGCGCAUGCGCGGGGCCGGCCCGGGGCUGGCGGGGCCCGUUACCGGCCCCGCUGCCGCCGCUGCCGCCGGUCCCGCGAUGGCGAAGCGCCUGAGGAGCAGCGAGGUCUGCGCCGACUGCAGCGCUCAGGAUCCUUGCUGGGCAUCCAUAAACAGGGGGAUCCUGAUCUGUGACGAGUGCUGCAGUGUGCACAGGAGCCUGGGCCGGCACAUCUCCCAAGUGAGGCAUCUCAAACACACCCCGUGGCCUCCAACACUGCUGCAGAUGGUGGAAACUCUGUACAACAAUGGUGCUAAUUCCAUCUGGGAACACUCCCUGCUGGACCCUGCCUCCGUGAUGAGUGGGCGGCGCAAGGCCAGCCCGCAGGAUAAAGUGCAUCCCAACAAAGCCGAGUUCAUCAGAGCUAAAUAUCAAAUGUUAGCGUUUGUGCAUCGCCUGCCGUGCCGGGAGGACGACAGCGUCACUGCCAAGGAUCUCAGCAAGCAACUCCAUUCCAGUGUGAGGACAGGGAAUCUGGAGACCUGUUUGCGACUGCUCUCCUUAGGAGCUCAAGCCAACUUCUUUCAUCCUGAGAAAGGAAAUACCCCGCUGCAUGUUGCUGCUAAGGCAGGACAGACUCUGCAAGCAGAGCUAUUGGCAGUUUAUGGUGCUGAUCCUGGCACACAAGAUUCCAAUGGGAAAACUCCAGUGGAUUAUGCAAGGCAAGGGGGGCACCACGAGCUGGCAGAGCGGCUGGUGGAGAUCCAGUACGAGCUCACAGACAGGUUGGCUUUCUACCUCUGUGGCAGGAAACCAGAGCACAAAAAUGGGCAGCACUUUGUUAUACCUCAGAUGGCAGACAGCAGUCUGGAUGUAUCAGAACUGGCAAAAGCAGCCAAGAAGAAGCUUCAGUCUCUAAGCAACCACUUAUUUGAAGAACUUGCCAUGGAUGUGUAUGAUGAAGUUGACAGAAGGGAAACAGAUGCAGUUUGGCUUGCUACUCAGAACCACAGCACACUCGUGACAGAGACCACUGUGGUCCCUUUUCUUCCUGUAAAUCCUGAAUAUUCCUCAACCAGGAAUCAGGGAAGGCAGAAACUGGCUCGAUUUAAUGCCCACGAGUUUGCUACACUGGUUAUAGACAUUUUAAGUGAUGCCAAACGAAGACAACAGGGAAAUUCUCUCACUGGUUCCAAAGAAAAUGUGGAGCUGAUCCUCAAAUCCAUCAGCAAUCAGCACAGCAGUGAAAGUCAGGACAAUGACCAGCCUGAUUAUGACAGUGUUGCUUCAGAUGAAGACACAGAUCUGGAAACAAAUGCAGCUAAAUCAAACAGGCAGAAGAGCUUGGAUUCAGACUUGUCAGAUGGCCCAGUGACAGCCCAGGAAUAUAUGCAGGUUAAAAAUGCCUUGGUGGCUUCUGAGGUGAAGAUUCAGCAAUUAAUGAAAGUGAACAUCAACCUGAGUGAUGAGCUGAGGAUUAUGCAGAAAAAGCUCCAAACGCUACAGAGUGAAAAUACCAACCUCAGAAGACAGGCCACAACCAAUAUCUAUCAGGUGCAAAGUGGUUCUGAGUACCCAGACCCCAGCAGCAAUUCCUCCCUAAAGCGGCGCCCGUCGGCCCGGGGCAGCAGGCCCAUGUCCAUGUACGAGACUGGCUCGGGGCAGAAACCCUACCUGCCCAUGGGGGAGGUCACCUACCCAGAGGAAAACAUCACCAGGCUGCAGCCCUUCCCUCCACACAUCGGGAGGAGUGCGUUUGUGACCUCCUCUUCAUCUCUACCUUCCUUCCCCUCCACGCUUUCCUGGUCGAGGGAUGAGAGCACACGAAGGACCUCGAAGCUGGAGAAGCAGAGCAGCGUGUCUGAGAGCGACUACGACAACCCCACCACCCCUGUGGAGCUGGAGGAGGCGGGGUCGGGCAGGAAGGGCCGGCAGCGCAGCGUCAUUUGGCAGGGGGAGGGCUCCAUCCCCGAGGACACAGACUCAGUCCCCAGCUCCAGUUUGCCCAGUACAGAAGACGUGAUUAGGAAAACUGAGCAGAUCACCAAGAACAUCCAGGAGCUGCUGCGAGCGGCACAGGAGAACAAACAUGACAGGCCCUUGGAGCGUGGGGGCACAUCCCAGCUCAGACACAGCCUCGGCGCGCGGGUCCCCGGGGCUGAGCGAGCGCCCCUGCAGCCUCUGAGCAGCCAGCAGCCCGGCCCUGCCUCCUGCUAUAUACCGUGCUCCGAGAGAAUACAUGUGGCAGUGACAGAAAUGGCAGCCUUGUUCCCAAAAAAGCCCAAGUCGGAGCUGGUGAGGACUUCCCUGCGGCUGCUGACAUCCAGUGCCUACAGACUGCAGUCAGAGUGCAGGAAAGCGCUGCCCGCCGAGCCCAGCCCCGCGCCCGACAUCCAGCUGGUGACACAGCAGGUCAUCCAGUGCGCCUACGACAUCGCCAAGGCUGCCAAGCAGCUGGUCACCAUCACAACCAAAGAGAACAACAACUGAGGCACUCGGGGCUUUUUACUCUGGGGUUUUUUAAAAGGUCGGAUUUCAACGUAUAGGUGUGGAACUAUGCGCAUUUUUACGAGGAAAAAAACUUCAAGGGGCAAGAAACUUUUUUUUUUUUAAACUCAGUAUUAUUUUUGCAUGUUUUCUAACAAUUUUAUGAUUAAUUUAACCCACUGCCUUAUUUUGUGCCUGUGUUGCCAGUGUAGUUAUGGAUAAUAGCAUGUUGCAAGUAGCUGUCGAGCCACUCUCAUGUCCCAGCGCUGUACCGAGCUCUCGUAGAUGUUUCCUUGGGGCCACGUCUUGCUUUCAGAUCCUGCUGGUGGAACUGCUCCAACACCACUGCACGGAUGGGAAGGCAGCAUCUCCAUCCCUCCAGAGCCUCCCCUGCUGGGAUCCCGCUGGCUGAGGCUCCCCAGGCUCCGGGACUGCUCCCAGCAGGAAGAAGGUUUGUCCUGGUAACGGGGUACAAGCCCAACGUUCUCUGUUCCCAUAUCAACUGUUGUGCAAUAUGUUUUUUUAGUCUGCUAAACCAGUAGUAGUUGUGGGCAUCCAAGCUUGUUACGUGUAACUCUACAAGGUCUUUGUCACUUUAUCUGUUUUGGAAGGAAUUUGAAACUUAAUAGUUAUUUCUUUUAGUUGUCACUAUGCCAUUAAUAUAUAUGUUUGAUGUUACUUUAGGGCAUUAGUGGUUAAAAUAUUAUCCUUUGUUUCUGAGUUAGUAAUUCAUUGUUAAGUUUCCUGCAGAAUUUUCCUGUCAUCUUUGAGGCACCGUCUUGUUUGCAGCAGCAUUUCUCAGUAACUCCACAUGCAAUUUCACUAAAGAUUUCUGUGCUCAUUAACAAAAAAGGAAGUUAGAAGAGUGCCAGUGCAAAAGCAGCUGUGUCUGCCACAGCACAUAACCUCUGUACCUCAACAUAUCCAAAUGUGAAAACAUUUCUCGUAUCUCCUAAGUUUUUUAUGCAAAUCUUUCAAAAUUUGACAACUUGCUGAGUAACCCCUGCCAGGCUGCCUGGCCCCAGUGGCCAUGGGUGCUCCAGGUUUCUUCAUCCAUAACGGUUCACAAAACUGUGUCAGUCCAUAAUUUUAAAAAUGAGAAUAUUUUUGAGAGUCUGAAUUUCAGGUGGUGCAGGAAAUCACUGAUUUUUGCCUCUGCCUGUGUCCCAUUUGGAAUUGUGUUGUCACUGCCCAGGAACCAGCCAUGGUGUGUUUGUGUGGAUAUAUCCAAGUGCCAUAGCACUGGAGGAUUCCUGGUGCUGUCUGGCUCCCAGAGUCUGAGGGAGGGAAGGAAUGGAGAGAGGAGAUGACAGCCCAGUAAAUUAAUGUUCUUCAUUGUGGAGUUUUAUUUCCUUUCUGCCCUUCUGAACCCCAGAAGCAGCUCUAGCCUGACAACGCAGGCAGGCUGGGAUUAAAACUGCAAAUGACCUUUGUGAAACCUACUUCAAAAUCAUGCAACUGGCAAUUAAUUAAAUGCACUGAGAAUCUUCUAGGAACUUUUCCUUAAAUUGGCAUGGCUGAAAGGCAGCAGAUGGUAUUUUUCAGUCUCUCAGGACACCGCUGUGUGCUGUUCUUCAACAUAUCUUACCUGCUUUCCAAAGCAGGGUGACACUGAGCUAUGGUGUUAUUUAUCACUGAUUUAAACCUGCCUUUGAUCCAAAAUCAAGACCACUUUAGCAACUGCCAGCCCCUGCUCCAGCUACACUGAAAUCAGAGUGGCCCACACCCCAAAGGAACCCCCAGCAGCAAGUUCAUGAACCCUCCACUCACAGCACUGCAGUCACAGAGUUUGUAGCACCUCGAGUAACAAAGGUGUGUUUUUCUUUUAGGACUAGACCUCCUCUUGUUCCCCUGUAAACAAACUUGCUCUUCCUUUACAAAAUGCUGCAGAGGAAAGGAAAAGCUUUUUUUUGCCUUUUUCCAAACCUUGUAUUUAUCAGUGUCAUUCUGUCUGUACAAUAUUUUGACUUUUAAUCUUUUGUUUACAGUAUUACUAUAAAAUGUUAAAACCCUUUCA